GAGCUGCCGGAGCUCCGGGCGCAGCUGGUGGGCCUGGCGCAGCAGCGGGUCACCGGCCUGGAGCGGGGCUCCUGCCUGGAGGCGCUGGCGAGCAGGUGCUACGUACCCUGCCGCCCCUUGGCACGGCUGCGGCUUCGUAUCCAUCCCUCCGCGGAGUUGUCAGGGCAUGGCGCCCUCAAGGCGGACGGGGGCAAGGUCUACGAGGCUCUGCACCGCGCCGCCCAUCAGAUCGCCGAGCUGCGUGCGGAGCACCGGUCGGUUCACUCGCCGCUGAAGCGGAACGUCAAGGAGCUCUCCUUGAUAGUGAAGAGCCAGGACAUCCUCCUCCGCGCGUUGGCGCGGAGAAGGUCCCCGAGGCGAUCAUCGACGCUCCAGUCCGUUGCAGAGGAGGACGAGCAGAAGACACCUACAAAGCCUUACCCCGCACCGGCGCCGGCCCCGCCAGAGGCGUCGGGCCACAUGCAUUCC